UAGAUAGGAUACAUAAUAUAUAUCAAGAGUAGACAAGUACCUCUGUUCAUAAACUUCUUACGUAUCCUUCUUACAUAUUCUUUUUACGUGUCUUAUAGAGAAACCAAUUCCAUACAACACAGAACAAAUCUAACCAACGAAAUCAUUUUGAAACUUAUUUUUAUUAAUAUGGUAGAUCCUUUGAUGUAUAUGUUGAAAGAUCCAGAGGGUGAUUUUAAUUUUGCAAAUUUUCGUGCAAUGUGUUCAUCAGUUUUUAAGGAUGAUGAUAUUCGAAAAGAUGAAUGGAGGAUUCGAGAGAUUUUCGACUUAUUUGAUUUAGAUAAAGACGGCGUGUUGAAGGAAGAAGAAUUAACGAGAUUUGGUGAAUGGACACGAAAAUUAAGCAUGCCUAAAACCGCUCUUGUAAUAGUAGACGUUCAAAAUGAUUUUAUCGAUGGGUCUUUGUCUCUUCGUACUUGCGAAGCCAAACAGGAUGGAGCUGAUGUGGUAGAGCCAAUUAAUAAUUUGUUGAAAAAUGGAUCUUUCAGUAAAAUUAUUUAUUCGUUAGAUUGGCAUCCGGAAAAUCAUAUCAGCUUUUAUGAAAACUUACAUUUACGGGAAUUAUGUCCUAAUUCAAAGAUAAAAAGAGAAGAUGCUAAGUUACUUGAUACAGUCAUAUUUGCGGAUCCUUAUCUGGAACAGAUUCUUUGGCCUAAACAUUGUGUGAUGAACACAUGGGGAGCAGAAUUACACAAAGAUCUUGUGAUUGUACCAGGUUCCAUACAGAUACGUAAGGGUCAAAACCCGGAUAUGGAAGCUUAUUCCGUAUUUUUCGAUAAUAAUUUUAAGGGAUCAAUGGAAUUGCACGCAAUUUUAAAAAAAGAGGGUGUGGACUAUGUUUUCGUAUGUGGUCUCGCUUACGACAUUUGUGUAAAAGCCACAUGUUUAGACGGUCUUCGGUUAGGCUAUGCGAUAGCUAUAGUCGACGACUGUUGUUGUGGUAUUGCAGAAUCUGAUACUGAAGAGACUAAACAAUUAAUUCUUGAGAAUGGUGGUCUAAUUACUAACAGUAACGAUGUUAUUGCAAUGACAAAUGAAGGAAAAAAAAGCCUCGUCUUGGCCCACAAAAUUGCAAAGUCUAUGACUUUAAUUGGAAAUUCUGCAGAACCAGAAAGAUAAUAUUUUAUAAUUAACUGAGAAAAGCACGGGCUGUUUCGGAAACAAGGAAAUGUUGUUUCAUACGAGCUUGAUUAAUUAUUCUUAAUUUAUUGUACUUACAUAAUUUGCAUUAUUUAUAAUAUUAGUUGAACUUAAUGUACCAAUGUACAAAGAGAAAUGGUGGAUGGUUAUAAAAAUGUAUGUACUUAAAAUAUGUGUUACGUCCAGUGACUCUUUACACAAACCAGAAUCCAUCCCUCGGUCGAAAGCUGUACAAAUAUAAUUAGUCGGACCACAAUAAUCCUGAGGAACUGUCAUAAAACUAAGCAUUUGUAUUUUAUCGUUAGGGCCCUUAAUUGUUAUAAAAUAUAUUCAAGUCGAGACGGUUAUUGUUAUUCUUUGACUUCUAUUGUUCGAAAAGGUCUUUAUGGUUAUUGUUCCAUCAUGUAAAAAAUGGGAAUGUUGGGAUUUUCCCAUGUUCAACGGUCAUUUCCAUCCGUAAGCGACCGGUGGUGGGGCGAUCAACACCCAGCAAUAGUUUUCCUCUGUGACAGCAUCGUCACCGAACUUCAUUGGUUUAUCUGCUUUAGAUCAGUCAACAUCUCUGGACUGGUUUAUCUGCUUUAGAUCAGUCAACAUCUCUUAACUGGUUUUUCAUCUGUUGAUUAGUCAAUGUCUUGACUGGUUUUUGUUCAAUGAUCAGUCAUCAGUUGUAACUUAUUAUUUACACGUCUCUGAGAAUACGUCUGUACGCACGUCGCAUAAUUAUUUAUAUCUACAAAGUUGUUGGAAUAAAGUAUAUAUUAUAAUCUGUUA